ACUCUCAUUCACAAGUUCGCACGUGACCUUUACGGGGACUUGUUUUCGCGCCAGGGACCAGGUGAGCGGCUGUUUGUGGGCUUGCAGCUGUUCGUUCAUCCUUCUAAAGCCUUGUUUUCUCCUUCUCCCUCUUUUCUCUUGUGCACACAAGGUGCUCGCUGAUUUGCUUAUAAAGCUUCCCCUUUUCGCGAGACUUCGGGACUUGUCCGUCGCUCGCCCUUUCGAACUAAUCAACUUUCUCUCUUUUACAGGUCCUUCGGGACCUGCGUGAGGUUACAAGUUGGCUGACCCUUUGCGGAGCAAUAUAGCAAGGGCGGAGCGCGACUUAGGCAACGCAAGCUAAGUUCGCGUCUUUGCCACGAGUGGGCCUCGCGACUUAGGCAACGCAAGCUAAGUUCGCGUCAUUGGCCGCAAGGGUGCCUCACGCCUUAGGCAAUUCCAGCUAAGGCCGUGACAGCUCGGUACACAGUAUCAUACCGAGAAAAUCUCGAAAUUCGAUUCGGUACGAAAUUUCAAUCCUUGGUCCCAUGAACAUAAAGAAGGAUGAAAACUCUAGUAUUGAGGAUUAUUUUGGGGAUGAAGUACUAAAAGUGCGAGCUUGUGGGAUGUCAUUUAUUACACUUGGAAUAAAUAUCCGCGAAUGUCAAAAUCAAUCAAAAUGGUUUCUAAAGGUGUGAUGAAGGAACACCUUCUGCUUGUUGCAAACAGCAUGACUUGCACUGGAAAACUUAUCGGUUUCAACACUGGUGGUUAUAAGGCGCUCUUUCGUUCUUUCAAAGUUGAAGGACCAUUUACUGAAGCCACUUUAUUUACACCAAUGAAAUGCUUUGAAAGAGCUGCUGAGAAGCGUCAGGUUGAUUCAUUAGCCAGUGUGGUUUCAUCCUGUUCAUGGGGCAAAAAUGUGGCUAUUGGGACUGGUGCACACCAUUCCAGAUUCUUUGGGAUAAGAAACAGAUGGCAAUGAACAAAGAUAUUGGAAAAGGAGUCUAUGACUUUCUGGAGUUAUCAAGGGAGACAUCCAGUGGAGAAGCAACUGGCAGAUAUCUAGCAGAUGUUGAUGAAAUGGCAGAAGAAAAUGGAAUUUGUCUAUCACCUGACCUCGAUGGAUGUAUGACUUUUGAUGAUAGUGAUGAUGUUGAGUACAACUUUCAGAAAAGGAUUGGCCUGGUAAAUGGAAAAUCUGGCGAGUCUAGCUGGGAAGUGGAUCCAGUUUCGGUCAAGUCAGGUAACCGGGAGGGAUGGGGAGAUAAAGAAUCAACUCAUGUGGACAACCGUGAAUCCCCAGCAACCAAACAUAAUGUUUGGUCUAGUUGGGAUUCCAUCCAAGUGAAACAAAAGACUGUUGAAUCUGAGAAUCUGGCAGGUGAUACUGUACCUGGUGAAGAUAUGGAUGCACAGAAACAUUCUGGCACAGCAGAUGAGUCUGUUGCAUGGGGGAAAUGGAAGGCAGACGGGAACUCAACUGCCUGGGACAAAUUGUCUCACAGGAAUUGUUGGAAUGAGGCAAGCAAGACCAAGGUGGAUUUGAAACAUGGUGAUGAGAGAGAUUAGUUGAGAAAGAGGUGAACAGGAGAAGGGAAGGGAAACAUAGGUUCAACAGCCACAACCUAAGUUCCUCAACUUGUUUUCCAAUAGGCUUGGCUAAUGAAAGGAUACACUACAUCUGUUAUGUAUUAAAGCAUCAGUAACUUACCUGGCAUUGACAUUUGAAAAGCA